AUGGGUUCCAUAUGCAAGGAGUCCUCAGAAAUAUCGUCAGUAGCGCCAGAUAAUGAUCAAGAAACAGACACAGGUUUUCGUGGAAAAAGUAAACAUUUGGGACAAGAUCGAAACAAGAUCAUUACUGAAGCUAAAGGGUCUAGCCGUUUAUUCCGGAGGAGAAGUGAUAGUCUAUAUACAGUUUCCCCAAGCAGCAGCCGAUUUGGUGUUAAUAUAUCUGGGAGACCUCCAGGAGCGAAGAGAGCAUUUAUUUGCGGAGUGAGUUACAAGAAGCAGAAGUUCAGGCUCAGAGGAGUUGUAAAUGAUGUGUAUAGCAUGAGAGAUUUCCUUGUUAAUCAAUUCAAUUUUCCGCGUGAUUCCAUUCUCAUGCUAUCAGAAGAGGAUUCUCAUAUGCCUCCAACAAAGAAGAACAUUGAAGAUGGUUUCAAAUGGCUAACAAGAGACCUGCGAUUUGGGGACUCCUUGGUUUUCUACUAUUCAGGGCAUGGCUUACGACAACCUGAUUUUAACAAUGAUGAGAAAGAUGGAUUUGAUGAAACGAUAUGCCCCGUUGAUUUUAAAACUGAAGGAAUGAUUGUUGACAAUUAUAUAAAUGAAGCCAUUGUUAGACCACUCAUGCAAGGUGUGACACUCCAUGCGAUCAUCGACUCUUGUCACAGUGGAACCAUGCUUGACUUGCCACUAGUCUAUAACAAAACCACGGGGAAAUGGGAUGACAACAGACCUCCAUCAGGAGCUUAUAAAGGUACAAAUGGUGGAAAGGCAAUCUGUUUCAGUGCUUGUGAAGAUAAUCAAAAGGCUGUAGACACCUCCGCUUUCUCUGCAGAUAAAGUUAUGACUGGUGCCAUGACAUACACAUUUAUAUCAGCGAUAAAGAAAGCAAUUGCAAACAGUCAAACAAUAACUUAUUGUGGAAUACUCGAUGCUAUGCACAGAACCCUUGAUAAUGACAACAAAAGCCUCCACGCUAAAGUUGCUCGAUUCUUUCGCCGCAGGAUCAUUCAGGCAUGUCCAUCCUUAAGUUGA